CGGCUACCUGGUACAAUGGGAAAACGGGGAGCCAGGUUGGGGCAGGAGCCCUAUCUGCCUGGACCAGUCUUUGAUCUCUGGGUGGGGCUGAGAGCGGCCAGCUUAUGUCCUGUGGGAGAGGGAACAGCAGUUCAGCUCUCUAGGACUGGCUCCCCAUUCAUCACCUCUGGCUGUGGGUGCAGCAACGAGUGGAGCAUCUGCAUGGAACUCCAAGGGCCCUGCAACAGGCUCAGGAUUGGCCUCAGGGGAGGACGGACAGGAGUUGCCCUGACUGCAGAACCAGACCACCCUCAUGGCCUCCUUUGCCUGAAGGUCAGAAGGUGGCGACGCUCCCCAACUCUGCUUCCCACGCUGUGGUGGCUGGGGACAGCCCCCUGCACUGGGAUUGGACGCCAGAGAACCAGGCGGAGCAGGCGAGGACCCCAGAAGCCCAGGCUCCCUGCGCCCUGCACUCAGAGGCUAUUGGCCCAGCUAAGAGAACCCAGGGCUGGGCCCAGGCGGCCGGCGGCCAGCACGGAGGAGGAAGCGGCAGCGGCGCAGCACACAAGCCAGUACAGGGCCGCCAGGAUGUUUGACAGCUCACAGUACCCCUAUAACUGCUUCAAUGAUGACGCUGACGACUAUCCUGCCGGCAGCGCCGACGAGGAAAAGCGGCUCACAAGGCCAGCAUACAGGUGACCCGGGGGGCAGGUUUCAGGGGUCCCACAGGAGCGGUAGAGGUCUGUGUCACCAAAACCUCACCAAGACCAGGGAGAGCUACAUCGCUCUCAUCGCCAUGGCCAUUCAACAGAGCCCCGCGGGCCGCGUGACCCUGUCAGGCAUCUACGACUUUAUCAUGCGCAAGUUCCCCUAUUACCGCGCCAACCAGCGCGCCUGGCAGAACUCCAUCCGCCACAACCUGUCGCUCAACAGCUGCUUCGUCAAGGUGCCACGGACCGAGGGCCACGACAAGGGCAAAGGUAACUACUGGACGUUCGCGGGCGGCUGCGAAUCCCUCCUGGACCUUUUCGAGAAUGGCAACUUCCGUCGGCGACGCAGGCGACGCGGCCCCAAGAGCGAAGAGGCCCCGGGUCCCCUCCAGCCAGCAGCCCGCGGGUCCCCGGGCCCCGAUGGCACGCAAGCCCCAGAUCGCGAGGCUCAGGCAAGGCUUGUGACACACAGAGACAUCAAAUUCAGCAUUGACUACAUCCUAUCUUCCCCGGACCCUUUCCCAGUUCUCAGGUCGUCCUGCCACUCACAGGAAGCCAGGUACCCGACUCUGGAGCCCCAGCAAAUGAGCUUCCAGUUUUGGGCAGCAUGAGGUGGCCUCUGGGUCUCUGCCCCGGUGGCUGCUGCAGCCAGUUGAGGACUCUGGCCUGAUUCUCCCCUGAAGGCAGGACUUGAACCAGGUAUUUUGAAUCAAGAACCCCGACAUUGGCACAUCUGCCUAUUUCUUCACAGACUGUCCAGGGAGACUCAGUCCUUCAUUUGGAGAGAUAUGGAGACCUUCUUAUAAAAGGUAUUUAUGGUGAUGUUGUGACUUUAUAAAAAAUAAAAACAGAUCUCUCGCAGGAAAGCCCGACUCAGACUCGGCUCCACUUCAGGAUUUGCUGUGGUCUCACUGAAUGCUCUCCUACAUCAAGCAGUAAAAUCACCCUCUGCUCCCCAGAAUCAGGUAGCACUUUGUUCUCCGUCAUGUGGCAGAUGGCUCCAAAAUUAACGUGUACUCAGUAACGUUAAUUCCUGGAUAAGGAAUUCCCUGUCAUUAAAAAUAAUGAGGUUUAAA